AUGUUCGCUUCAAUGGGACCUAUGAUCGAAUCUCUGGAAGAGCAAAUCAGGAGCACUCGAGGAGCUCAACUGCAAAUGAAUACAAAAAUCAAUGAAAUGGCCGAGUUUCUGCACGAAUUGAAUGAGCACGAAGGAGCCGUACGAUAUUCAAGCAUUAUGGGAAGCGUGCAUGAUCGGCUGAGUCGUGUUCAGCGAUUGAUAGCACGAGAAAUUUACAAGAAAAAGAAGAUAAUCAAGGAAGCUGAUGUUCCCCCGUCACCUGAACACUAA